AUGGCGCAGCGACAACCCCUAAGAUAUGAUGACCCGGAGCCUCAGACGCGACUCAAUGAAUAUUUUAUCGAUCAAGAUGGUAUCAGCCGUGAGGUUAUCCAAGCAGAUAUUUGCCGCUACCUUGGACGGGAUGCCCUCGUGAGGCCUGGGACUCACCAGGGACGCCCAGGAUAUUUCAUUCGUGCUUACCGAAAUUUGACAACCGAAAUGAUUGCGGAUCUGAAAGCAGAUUCAAGGCGUUGGGAUGUCGAGGUCCUCCGCAGACAAGAAGGUGGUCAGCCUAGAGGUACUUACUAUGAUAAUUUUAAUACCCCACCAGCGCCUAACAGAUUACCAGCAAAUUAUGACUCCUCUUCCGUUCGUCAGACUCGGCCCCCAGGACCAUAUCCAUCCUCCCGUCCACAGCAGUCACAACAGCCAUCAUACUCUACUUAUCCACCUUCCCAAUCAUACCCUGCUCACCAAUCUCCGUCAAGCUAUCAAGACUAUGGUAACCAGCCUGGGUAUACACCAGACAGUGGUUAUGCCCCCAGUGGCGGAGCCCCCUAUUCAAAUCAAUCAACUCCACCUGUAACAACCACUGAGCAGUCAUAUAUCCACAGCCAGGGCGCCUAUGCCUACCCCGGAGGAAUGUCACAGCCUCGCUACUCUGGACAAGGAUAUGAAAAUGACCGUGAUUAUUCCCCUGUUGGCCAGUCUACAUCUCCAUACCCCCCAUCGAGUGGACCAGACCCUAGAAUAAUGGAGACAGGAUAUCCCGUGGAAUCUUACCCGGACCGUCAGCCUGACCGGGGACACCCAAGGAAUCCAGCCCCUCGCCACUAG